CAUGUCGAUAAUUGGCAUCUAAUAUUGCCUGACCCGCGGGACAGAGGAUGAUGCAUGUACGAAUAUCUGUAGGUGGCAUCCUUUGCACGGCGUAUUCCUUCCGUCAUCUCGUGUUUAUAGCAACGCCAUGUGUGCUCCUUGCGACCCGUACAACGCUAACGGUUGAUCAAUGUGUCCUCGGAAUAUUGACUUUGACGGUCGGCUCUCUUGGUCACCGAGGAUGCGUAGGUUCGUUCCGAGUAACGCAAGUAGGGAUGUCGUGUCGACUUGGAGGUGGUGGUCGCCGAGACUCAAAGACUCUCCCCGGAGCUUGUGGUGUUAGCCUGGUGUCUCUGAUUCCGAAAGACGUUUGGUCAGAUGGGCUGUAUGCCGGCCGGGACUUGCAAUGCUCUAAGAACCAGCCAAACGGAACCUGCCAUGCUCUUCUUCUCCUUGGCACACCUGUGCUGAUGCGGGUUGCAAGCGUCAUCUCGUCUUUGGACCCGCGUGCGUGCCAUUGCUUCGAAUGAAGCAGUCCGUAAGUGAGACUCGACCAAGGUGGUUGUUAGCACGGGGCAGAGAAGCCCCCAAGCCCCUUGUUCUACGAGCACACACAUUGCAUGCUUUCGUUUG